CCCUCAGCAGGGAGCAAAAUCCCGAUUUCCUGUCAACACCACAGCCGUUCAAAGCGAGAGAGUCGUUCUUGCUCGCACAUUGAUAGAGAGGCUAUCGUCAGCUCUGCUAAGAGUCCGACACUGAAUGGUGAGUGGCUGGUCAGCCAGCCACGUCCAGCCCUCUGUUGCCAUGGACGCCUGUGCACGUAUCCGAGGAGUCCCACUAAGGACCAGAGCCUCCAUCCGGAAAGAGACGGUGCGUGACAGCGGGUCACAGUGUGUAAAGAGCCUUUUGAGGAGCAAAAAGGAGCUGUGUAGCAUAGGCCUCGAGUUGCAGACCAGGGAGACAGUGAGACUGACCGAGCUCCAUUUUGUGUGUCUGCCUGGUCACUGUGAAGGGGAAGAUGUCACUCUACAGGCUCUGUCAUCUCUGCCGGGGGAGCUAUGUGAGCUACUCAGGUCCCUCCACAUCCAUGGCCUCAGGAAUAAUGAGGUUCUGCUGCUCAAAGAUUCCCGAAGACUGGCAGAGCGCAAGGAUGCUGGUGUUCAGUGCCGUUUGAAGGCAGUGUGUGUGCUGAGGCACAAUCCCAGCCCUACCUUCUGCCCUCAGGCCAGUUUAGCUUCUGUGGUGGGCUUGCUGGGGCGCUACAUGGCAGGUGUUCGCUAUGCUCUGGAGCUGCAGGCUCUUCAGAGGGGCACAGCCGAGCCCCAGCCAGCCAGAGGAGAUGACACCAACCAGUCAGUCUCAUCAAUUGAGGAUGACUUCGUCACAGCCCUGGAGCAUCUGGAAGAGGACGAUACAGGAGACACUUCCUCUGCAGCUCCCUAUCAACAUGGUAAAAAACGUGACGUAGCAUCCCAGACAGUACCAGCUCACAAGAGACGAAAGGACCUGUCGGGCUCCCGUAUUAUUAUUAGCUCCUCUUCCAAGAAGUCGUCAACCAAACGCAGGUCAGGUCCCGAGGUAUCUGUCACAGUGCAGAGGUCAUCAGGCACAGAAUCCCAGUGGACUCAUUGUAACCCUGGAGCUUGUCUCCCCUCCCCCUCGACCCAUGUCAGUGAAUCAGAUGAGUCAGACUGUUCUAGCCCCAGCCCUAUCAUAUUCCUGGAUGAGGUGGGAUACCAGAAGAGCCUGCUGGCUAAGUUGGACAUACCCCAGGUGCCAGGAGGACCCAUAGAGCGAGUGGAAGACUCAGACUCUGAAGUCAGUGAGUUCUUUGACAGCUUUGAUCAGUUUGAUGACUUGGAGGACCUGAGCUCAGAGAGCUGUACUCUCACCCUGCCUCUGGAUGCCACCAGUGCCCCUACCAAACAGAAAAAGAAGCCCUCUGAUACCAGUACCAAUGGGUCAGGGUCCAAAUACGUGUCCAGGGGCUGCUCAACCAAGGGCAUGAACCCUCACCGCUUUGACCAGCCCACCCUUCCUGCCAAUGUGAAGAAACCUACUCCUCUUAAACCAGGGUCUCCCUACUCACCCCACACUGAGGUGCCUGACUCCCCCCGGCCAGUGCAGACGUCCUCCGAGGAGAAUGGGGGUCCACUUUUCAGCCCUGUCAGCUCAUCUGCCUUCAGUCCUUUGGGGGACUCUGGUGGGCCACUGGAGUACUUCUGGAAGACUGAUGGGGAUGGAGGGGAUGGAGGGGACUGCUCAGAACUGCGUAAACCCCAGGAUCUUUGCUCUCUGUAUAAGACCUACUCAGACUUUGCAAGCAGUCUGUCCAAGGAGAUUCUGGGGUCGGUGUGUGGCUACCAAUCUCCUGUUGACAUAAAUGACAACAAGAAUCUGAGCUGUGUUUGCCACAAGGAAUUCCAGAACCCUUCAGGCCACCUGAUGAAGCUCUCAGAGAUACAGGAGACAGUGACAGUGGCCAAGUUGCAGCAGAAGUCCCACUCUCUGAAAGAUGGCAUUCAGAGGUUUGCCACAGACCUGGUGGAGAUGAGCCUGGGCAGCGCCCUGCGAGACCUCCAGAAAGGUGUGUCAUCCUGCACCACCACCCUCUGUCACUUGGCUGCCAGACUCACCUCCUCAGUGUUUCAGAUGGCCUUCCAUGAGAUUGGCAUGCGUCAUGCCUAUGUGCUCAAGGAGCGAGCCAUCAAUGGCUUGGCUGGCUUCCUGGUUGGAGAGGCGGUGUCCGGAGCACUGAAAGAGUUUCUGACAGUCAAAAAACAGAUCUUCCACAGCACAGUUACACGCUUUGCUGCUGACCUGGCUGAGGAACUGGUAUUUGAAGGCAUAAUGGAGGUAUGUCAGUUCUCCCACCCCUCCACCCCUCUCACCUCUAGUGACUGGUCCUUUGGGCGUAGAUUAGAGGAAGAGGAAGAGGAAGAGGUAGUAUCCUCCUAUGCUUCUGACUUGUCUGAGUCAGUUCUCCAGGAGGCCUUUAUAGAGCUCUCCCAGGCUGACGUUGCAUUCACUAGCCAGGCGGCUAUCAGCGUCUCCCUAGAUAAUAUCUGCUAUGUCAGUGCACAGGACACCAGCACUCACACCUGCAGUACCUCUGAUAGCCAACACUUUCUUCAUGCCAGCUCAGCUGCUGCAGCCCCAGGGCCCUCAGGAGAGGAUGGGGCCUGCACAGUUAAGAAAGCCCUGUUCACUGUAUCAGGCAUGGCCAGCUGUGUUCCUGUGCCCCAGGCAGGACAAGCCCUCUCCCACCUCCAGACCUCUGAGGAGAUCUGUCAGUAUAAGUCCAGCACGGCCCACACUUCACAGACCAGCCCCAAGAGAAGUCUGGUGACAGUAGCCUCAUCUGACACCACCACAUCUACACAAACUGACCUCAGCAGCCAUGGAACACAAACCCAGGCCCCUGGAGGAGACCAAUCCCAAGGAAAGUCCCCCUUCCACAACUUUUCUGGUAACAUGGUAGAUAUGAUAGUGAGUGAAGCUUGUGAGCUAAUAACCACAACCAAAAUGAAAAAGAGUUUUGGUGACUGUGCUGACUUCCUAACUAAGACUAUUGGAAGCCGAAGAGGCUCUUCGUCUAGGCCUGGUUCAAUCAGUGACGAGGCCCCAGAUUCCCCUUUGAGGCAGGGAGCUAGCAGGGAGAGCUUCAGAUAUGAUAAUAAAGACUGUGGGUAUGUGAGUAAGGGACGCCCCGUUGAACAGGCAGCAGGUCACAGCUUUCACCACACUCCCUAUCAGACAGGAUAUCAGAGCCAGGGAAGCACCAACUAUGAGUUAGGCCUAAGGACCAGAGUUGUGGGAGAAGCUCAUCCUGUUGUGAUGAAGGAUACUCUAGACGUUCCAGGUUCAGAAAUGGGUGGACAAAGGAUGAUGUCUAUCCCUGGAGAUGACUCGGCCCCCAGCUCGGCCAAAAAAACUGGUGGGACUCCGGGUACUCCCCCCUCAACUCCCCAGCAGCCCAGAGAGGUGUCUAAGGAGAAACAGAUCAAACAGUUCUCCAAGAAGCUGAAAGGCAAGUUGGCUAAGGAGUUCUCCCCUGCUACACCCCCUCCAACCCCACAUUACCAGCCUGAGCCUGGUCCAGGGCCAAAAGACACAACUCCAGAGGCAGACAAGGCUGACUUCAUGCUCAAACUGAUGAGAUCUCUGUCUGAGGAGGCAGAGGGUGAUGAGGAAGAGGAAGAGGACCAGGGAGAAGAAGCAGAGGGUAGUGCUGGUGAUAGUACCAGACUUUUUGAAACGAAAGGUCGCCGACCUGAACUGAACCUGAUGUCAGCUCGCAGAAUGUCAAACAAGGAGGCCCUUCACUAUGCUGAGCGGUUGGCAUGUCAUAUUGUAUCAAUGGCAACAGAGAUGGACACCCUGGGAGUGGCAGAGGAAAAGGGUGAGACAAGCAAGGGGAGUGAGGGGAGAAGAGACAGUGUGGCUCAGUUCUCAGAGCAGACCUUAAACUCUUUGUGGGUAUAUGCAGGUGAGGUGGCGGGAGAGGUCAUCAGUGAUGUGAAGAGGAUGGUGGGCUCUGGACAGCAGUGCCCCCAUCACAGAGCUCUCAGGAGAAGAAGCCUGGACAGAUCUGGCUCUGAAUGUCUCCAUUACCACCACCACCACCACUACCCCAGUGCAGACCACAACAAGGACUGGAGGGUGGGGCGGCUGGCUGAGCAGUGGUCUUGUGACCUGCUGACCUCUGCCUUACUUCCUCCUGCCUCCAUUUCCUCUACCAGUUACAGCUCCAGUUCAGGCCUAUCUUCAGAAUACCCCAGCUGUGAAAGUGUGACAGAUGAAUAUGCUGGCUACCUCAUUAGGGUGCUGAAAAAGGAGGGAGGCAGCAGGGAGUUGGUCCUAGAUCAGUAUGCGAGCCGUUUGGCCUACCGCUCCAUCAAACUAGGCCUGGCCCAUGCUGCACGCAAGAUGAAGCAGAGGUCCUCCACCACUCGUCUCCACUCCUCCAAGUCCUUACCAGAUGGAUGGAAGGGUCCUAGCAGUGAGGCCUCCUCACCCAUGGACAGAGCUGGGACAGGGGAGGAUGGUCAGUGUAGUUGCAGGGACUCUGAGGAGCAGAGGGAAUAUGUAGAUUUGGUAAACUUUGCAGAGUCCUUAGCAUACAAUAUCACCUGUGAUGUCACACGCAAGCUGCGCUUUUCUUCUGUACGUCUGCCUAAGUCUCUCACUGAUUCCUGCCUUUAUAAAAAAUCCAAACUUGAGGAUGUGGCUGAGAAUUUAAUCAGAAACUCCUUCUCCUGCCCCCUGUUAUCCAAGGACAGUAAGAGCAAGCACUACCAUAGUACAGGAAGCCUGUAUGAUGGAGGCUACAGCAGUGGUGUGAUGCAGGUUAUAGAACAUUAUGCCAGGAAGAUAGUGGAUGACACUCUGGAGAUGAGUCUGGCUUCAUCAGGACAUCCAGCCAGGGAGCACCAGAGGGCCCAAGGCCAGGACAGACAUUCCCAUGCAGAGAGGUUGUCUGAGGGGGCAGCAGUGGGACCAACUCUGGGAGAGAGGACCUGCCGCUACUGUCAGGUCCGCGAAUGUCCAUACUGCACGAGGCCCAGCAGGCACUACCACCAACAGGCAAGCCAGAGGAGGAAAAGGGGGCAAGAGUGUGAAGCCAGAGCUGAGCGGCUCUCUGGCCUGGAGAUUCCCAAAAUCCACAUCGACCUGGACCGCAGGGCAGCAUUUGCUGAGGAGAUGGUGUCUACGGCAAUGGAGACAGCUAAGCGUGAACUGAGCAACACCAGCCUCAACGCUGACAGUGGCAUCGGCCAUGAUGGGGCCAGCUAUGCUGAAAGCCUAACUGCCGAGAUCAUGACCUCAGCUCUGUCCAACAUCUGCCAGGCGGCCAACCUCAGUUCUCCAGGCAGGGAGGCCACUGAGUCAACUGUGUCCCAGCAGCUGAGCCUGAGUGUGGGUGACGACAGUCUGGGCAGCUGGUCUAACUUGAGCUUUGAGGACGAUCACCCAGAUGACAACAGCAGCUUCCUCCACCUCAGUGACAGCAGCAAUGGGAACAGCAGUAGCUGGAGCAGUCUGGGCCUGGAGGGGGAGGUGUGUGAGGAGCGCCUGUCUUUCUCCCCCUCUGACAGUGACUGUACAGAAGACAAGGAGACUGAAGUCAAAGAGGAAUCCAGUGGGACGCUGCGUGUGGACAGGACUCAGGUGCAGGCUCCCAGGGCCCUGCUGGUGAUGGUGAACUCUGAAACCAGCAAACUUGGCCAUGAUCCUGAACUUGUGACCCUUGACCCCCAGUUCAGGAGCAUGCUGCAGUGGGUGGCGGCCUCCAUGGCCGACCUCCCGCAGGUCCAACUGAGUCCUGACCAAGAGCUCCAGCAGCUCCCAGCCGUGGUCCAAAGACUUCGAGAGAGGGAGUGGAGGGUGGGAGAGCUGCUGCAAGCCCUGCUGCGCUACUGUGAGGAGACCCAGUCCCACAGUCAGUCUCGGGCUCUGCCUCCGCCCACAGAGGAGCCACUCCCGGCAGGCACACAGCCCCAGCGCAUUCCCCUCUUCCAGUGGCUCCUGGAGAACGCCUAGGUUGCCUGUCCUCCUGUCCCCUCCUCUCUUCUCUUCUCCUCUCGUUUCUUUCCCCGCUCCUCUCCGCCCCACCCCCCGAUGCUCCCUCCAGCCCAUCUGUGCAUCCUGCCCUCUAGUGAGCACCACUAGUGUUGCACUGCAGUGCCAUCAGUGUACAGUGAUGUCUCACCUCGCCAAACGCCCUCACACCUACCUGUCACCUUAUACAAGUGAACCGUUCUGUAGUUUAAUAUAGGGCUUUACAUCCAUUACUACCCCUAGAGGGCGCCAUACCAAUCAACUGAUGUAAUUUAGUCUCAUGGCUGAGGGCGUGCAUGUGUUUUGCACUGCAUGCCGUGACCAAGACUAACUUCUGUUGUAUUUUUUUCCACCUCCUGUUUUGUUGUUGCAGUUCUGUUUUGCUUAAUAUUGGGCUGCAUAUCAUUUAUGUUGAUUUAGUGAGCUAUCCUUCACACCCACCUACACUUCUGUUGUUGAAGCCCUCACACCUUGCUGCCCCUGUGCUUAUGCUACAGAAAGAGGGUGAUAGAGAGAGAGAGAGAGCUAGAGCGAGAGCGAGAGAGAAACCCAGCCCAUCUGUUCCAGACAGAGACAGAAAGAACGAGGCAGUGAGUUGAGAGAAAGAGAAUGUGUUUUCUGUUAGGGAAUCCCCAUAGCUGCUGGGCGGAUGAUGUCAAACCCACAGCUCACCUCUGUGGUGGUGUUUCCACAUGUUAAGAGACCAACCACACAUACACAUACUACACCACACCCUUGCAUUAUCAGUGCCAGAAGGAAUUCAAGAUACAUCGUAUCACAUCAAAUUCUGAUACAAGCCUGUUAAUCCCCAUAGUAUUCCAUUAUUGUAUUAAUCCGCUCAUCAUUAUGACAUCAUUCACAGUCAAAUGUUUCUCUCCAGGACUGAAUGCAAGUAAAUUACUGGGAUUCAGAGUCUCUUUCAGAUGGGCUUUCCAGAAUAAGUGAAACGCUAAUGACAGUGGUUACCUCCACCCUCACUUUUGACCAUAUCUAAGUUAUAUAAAUUUAUAACACUGUAAUUUGUGUUGAUGAUUGAAUAAGACAUUCAUUUGACAAGACAGUGGUUUACAGUACUUGAUUAAGUUGCCUCUUGCCAGUAUUAAUAUUCCUGUUUUUGUUUUGCUACAGAUCCAAUGCCCUAACACUGCUUGCCUAGCAACUAUUUCUUUGUUUAUCAAAGUUAGUAAAAUAUAUCUGUGUAAAGUGGAUGACGUGACCUAAGGCAAUCGCUAUUAAGAAAGAAUUGAAUAUCUUGAAGAUAGAGUAUGUCUAAUCAAACAUGAAAUGCUGCUCAAUGCUAUGAAGGAAGCCAUAAUAUUGGCUUUACAUUGCCAAAUGUAGCUUGUGUGGUGACUAUCCUCCCCUCCAGGCAGUGGGGAUGUUUCAGUAGUAUGUGUGUAAUAUGGUGUGUAAUAUCUGUGUCAGGGCCCCACGUCCAGUUUGGGGAAGAUCCAGUGACGCAGCUAGUGAAUCUUUUUUUAAUUAAAGGCAUGUACUUCAGUCUGCACCUCUGAACCACAACACAGAGCAUCCGCAUAGUUCAGCCCCAGAAUCACACAUUCUGUCACCCACGCUCCCCAGUCACCUUGUGGAAUGAAGGAUUCUGGAUACCACAGUUUCCACUCGAUACCCCCCCUAACACAUGCACACGCACACCCUAGUUACUCACCAAGCCCCAAAUGUAACCCCACACGCCCAGCACUACCAGCGACUUUGCUGAGAUGCACUUUUUUGAUUUAGCUGAGCAGAGGCCGGGCAUUUCCACUGCUGCCCUCAGGCCGCUCCUGGCUUCCUCCAUGACCUCACACAGCAUGGAGGAAGGUCUGCAACGCCGCCAGCACCAAGAUUAUGUUCGCAGUCAGUCAGUGUUCAUAUUUAUAUACCUUACGGAUAAACCCUACCCCAACCGUCCCACCAAAGGAACAUUGUUGAUGUUUGUAUUAUUUUGGAAAGAACUGAAGAUGAUGUGAAGCUGUGCGGUCCUCAUAUUAGAGAACCGUGCUUACUGAGUUUGAACACUGUAAUAUACCAUGGCUUUCCAUCUGUUGUCAUCACUAUUAUUAUUAUGAUUAUUAUUAUUAUUGAUUAACUAUCGUUGAUGGCGUUCAUCUGCAUGGCUGAAUCUUCACUGACUUCUUCAGCUCCAUGUUACUAUUCUUAUUAAUGUAUUGGCCUGUCACUGGCUGAGCUCCAGUGACUUUUCUCUGUCACCCUCUCCACACUGCCUCACAGUGUGCUGCAGGCCUCUGCCGAUGCCUUGUCUGUUACCGCUAAAUCUCUAGGCUGCCAAAUGUUUCUGAAUCGUAGAGGUGUUUCUCCUGUAUGAUAUACUCUAUGGCAAAUCGAUCACCACACCCAUUUGAAGUUAUAUUUGCGAAUCAACACCCACUACUCAAAAUGAUAUUGGAGGACAGCGUUUAAAGAAGGCAAGCAGAGGUCUUGACCUGACAAGCGGGAGCGUACACAUAGUAUAUCUUUGGUUUACAUUAAAGGAAUGUAUUGAGAGUCGUGGACUUGACGAAUGAAGAGAGUACACCACAGUAUACAGAUCCUCUCCCAGUGAGAUUGUACAGAAUGUUUAGCUGUUAAUUUAUGACUUUUCCUGGGCUGGUUCCACUGACCAGCCCACCCCCCCUCGUUUUUUGCUUUCUUUCUUUAGUGUACUGUACAUUCCUAUGCAUCGCAGAUGACCUAUAGCGCUAUAUUGUUGUGUUGGUGAAAGCUGAAUGUGUACCUGCAAAAAAAAAAAAAAUCAACUCCAUUUAGUAGCAGAUAAGUCUAUUUUGUUACUGUUGUUCCAGUGUUACUUUCUGCCUCUCUUCAACCACAGACAGGCAAAAAUGUACCUUUACCGACUCCUGUAUUUUUCCUGCUUCCUUGUAAAAUCUUGCCAAAUAAAGAUAUUUAAUAAAUUAUGUAAGUUAUAUAACAGUGAGUUCACUACUUGUUCCCCUAGUGGCAUUGCUAAAUAGUUUACACAUUCUAAGCUUGAAGUCAAAGCACUAAAUUUGUCAAUGUUAAAGCUCUGUGUGACAAUAAAGCUUUUUCAUGUGCUCUGA